GUGGUUGACAGUUCGACAGUUGACUUAACUGUCGAACUGUCAACUUGAGACCAAAAGUGUGGGUUUUUCGGUUUUUGGGAGAAUUAAUAUGGAAAUAUAAAACUGAUUAUUUAAUAAAAUGGAAGUUAAACAAGAAGUUUGUGAAGAGACAUGUAAAAUAGAAAUAGAUAGUGAUAUGAAUGAUGCUCUUCUGGAUGGUAUUAAAAUUGAAUUUAAGCAGGAACCCAAAAUAGAAGCUACACAUGAUGAUACAUUUGAGGUUGCAGACGCAGAUUUAAAGAAAAUUCCCAUAAAGACUGAAAUAGGACAAGAUGAACAUGAACUUAUGUCAUUGGAAGAAAGACAAACAAAUAAAAAAGACUGUCCACAAGAGACGCACUCAUUGGAAAUUAUGAAAACAAUACAUGUACAUUCAAAUCACAUUGGAGAAAAAGAUUACAAGUGCGAAAUUUGUCAUAAACAGUUUGCUCGUAAAGAUCAUUUAAGUGUACAUGUAAGAGUUCAUACUGGAGAAAAACCUCACAAGUGUGAAAUUUGUUUUAAGCAGUUUAGUGAAGCACACCAUUUGAAAAUACAUAAGAGACUACACACUGGAGAAAAACCUUAUAAGUGCGAAAUUUGUUUUAAGCAGUUUAACCAAUCAAAUAAUUUAAAAAAACAUAUGAGAUCGCACACCGGAGAAAAACCUUAUAAGUGCCAAAUUUGUUUUAAAGAGUUUACUCAGAAAAAUCAUUUAAAUCAACAUACGAAAGUUCAUACUGGAGAAAAACCUCAGAAGUGUGAAAUUUGUUUAAAGCAGUUUAUUACGACAAGUGAUUUGAAAAGGCAUUUGAGAGUGCAUAUUGGAGAAAAACCUUAUGAGUGCCAAAUUUGUCAUAAACAGUAUACUCGUAAAGAUCAUUUAAAUGAACAUGUAACACUACAUACUGGUGAAAAUCCUCACAAGUGUGAAAUUUGUCUUAAACAGUUUAGAGAAGCAGGUAAUUUAAAAGUACAUUUGAGGGUGCAUACUGGAGAAAAACCUCACAAGUGUGAAAUUUGUUUUAAGCAAUUUACUCAAGCAGGUUCUUUAAAAACACAUUUGAGAGUGCACACUGGUGAAAAACCUCACAAGUGUGAAAUUUGUUUUAAGCAGUUUAGUGAAGCAGGUCAUUUGAAAAUACAUAAGAGAGUACACACUGGAGAAAAACCUCACAAGUGUGAAAUUUGUUUUGUGCAAUUUUCUCAUGCAAGUUCUUUGAAACGGCAUAUGCGAUCGCAUACCGGAGAAAAACCUUAUAAGUGCCAAAUCUGUUUUAAGCAGUUUAGUGAAGCAGGUCAUUUGAAAAUACAUAAGAGAGUACACACUGGAGAAAAACCUCACAAGUGCCAAAUUUGUUUUAAACGAUUUAGUGAAGCAGGUACUUUAAAAAAACAUUUGAGAGUGCACACUGGUGAAAAGCCUUACAACUGCGAAAUUUGUUUUAAAUCGUUUACUCAGAAAAGUUCUUUAAAUAUACAUAUAAAAGUUCAUCAAUAAGAUGAAGAAGAGUACUUAUUGAGAAAAUAAUUGAAUACAUGAUGGCAUUUAUUUAUUUAUUUUGCUCAACAGGCCAUGUAGGCCCUGGGUGUGAAAUACACAAAUUACAGUCGGAAAAAUGAAAGAAUACCCAUGAACGAACAGAUAAAACACCCUGUAUUUUCCUGUCACCGUGUCACAAAGAAAAUUGUCCAGUGCAAGUACAUGUAACAAUAAAUUACAUGUACUUGCGCUGGCCAAUUUUUGUGUGACACAGUGACAGGAAAAUACAGCGUGUUUUAUAUGUUCGUUCAUGGGUAUUCUUUCGUUUUUCCGACUGUACAUUUUUUUACUAUAUACAAUAUCUUCUUCUUCAUGUGCCUUGUCCAUUGCGGACGUUGGCUAUCAUCAUAGCAAUUUUAAUUUUGUUUGCGGCGUUUCUGAAUAACUCGAUCGAUGUUAGUCCAAACCAUUGGCGUAAGUUUUGAAGCCAUGAGUGUCUUCUUCUUCCGGGUCCGCGGUUGCUUUCUAUUUUACCCUGUAUUAUCAGUUGGAGCAUAUGAUAUUUAUCAUGUCUCAUAAUAUGACCGAGGUAUUCAAGUUUCCGUUUCUUAAUUGUGAAAGAGAUUUCUUUUUGUUUUCCUAUUCGGCGGAGUACCUUUACGUUGGUGGUGUGUGUCGUCUAGGAUAUUUUGAGGAUACGUCGAUACACCCACAUUUCGAAUGCCUCCAGCUUUCUCAUUAAUGUUUCCGCCAGUGUCCAUGCCUCUGCGCCAUACAGCAAGACUGGAAAUACAUAGCACUUUAGCAGCCGUAUUUUUAGUGGGAGAGAUAUGUCGGAAUGGGUGAAUAUAUUUUUCAUGCUGUUAAAUGUUGCUCUGGCCUUUUCAAUUCUAGAUCGUAUUUCGGUUGUUUGAUCCCAUUUCGAGUUGACGACUGUUCCAAGGUAUAUAUCGAUGGUUAAGAGCGCAGAUAUCGUAUGUCCAAAUAUCUUAAUUGUUGAGGAGAACGUUUUGAAGUUUUCGCGUUACUUUUUGUUUGAUACUGCUGAUAUACCGAUAUACAGUAAAGCGUCGAUUAUCCGACCUAAUUGGGGGACAUAGGUGUUCGGAUAAUCGAACUACAAUAUAUUGAUACAUAUUUAUAGUCAUACAUAUUUAUUUAUAUCUUGAUAAUGACAACUAGCAACUAAACAAAAAAGUGCAGUCUUUGCAACAACAUAAUUAUUUUUGGAUACAAUAUUGAAGAAAAUUGAAGAUAUUUUAAGUGUCAAUUACUAACGCUUGCUCGGUAUUCGAGCACGGGACGCGGGAGUCGAUAGUUCGAAUAAGCGGUCGUUCGGUUGAUCGACGUUCGGAUAAUCGACGCUCUACUGUAUCAUAAUGUUUGGGUAAUAAGUUCGGGUAUCAUUAUUAGCUUAAUGUAGAUAUUUUUUAAAAUAUUAUGUAUUAUUGGGUUAAAAAAUUUUUUUUUGAAAAUGUGUAUGGACAUACAACAUGAGGUAUGUUACUGCAUGCCCGGACAAACAGUAUUUACAGCCAUGAUAAGUUUGAUCGCGUGAGCACUAAUAUUGUAUGUCCCAAAACAUACUAUGUUUGUGCACUUCCAAACGGACAUAAAAUAUCUGUGCAAGUCGGUUUUUAGUACAAAUGGGAAAUACUAUAUUUUGGCAAGGCCGUUUAACCCACUUACAAUCAUUCUGGACUUGCAAUAAUUAUGCAGAACAUUCAUAUGACCCUACUGAAUAUUUUUAUAAUGUUAUCUUAAAAUCAGCAAAAAGUGGACAUACUAUAUCUGUGCUCUUAACCAUCGAUAUACGAGUCAACGUGUUCAAUUAGUUGGUUUUUUAUUUUCAAUUGUCUGGAAGGUUUUACAAUGCAAUACAAUAAUGAGAACGGCAUUUCGAUAUCUCUAACCGUCUUCGAGAUAAUCGACCUUAUUUACACCAUUAUAAUGUAUUCAUAACAAAUGAGAAAAUUAUUUGUUGUAACAAAAUAAAAAUAUUUUGUAGAAAUAAACGUCUCAAAAUUUUAUGAGAUUAGUAGACACUAACACUAUUUCUAAUAAUUCUUCGUUUUUUAAUGUAAGAUUAAGUUAAUUUGAGCAGCUAAUAGCGUGAGGUAGGAAUUUUUGUGUUGUAUGUUUCCUAUUCCGAAUGUGUCAAUAAAAAUCUCGCGAGAGCGAAUGCAGUUUAGUAAGUAGACUAGUUUUUUUAAUCUGAAUUUGUUAAGCAAAGCAUAGGUUAUUAUUUACAUUUGCCUUUGACACUUCGUGAAUGUCAAACUAAAUUUUAAAUUAUUUAGCUAUUAAUAAAAUAUAAAUGACAU